AUGCGAGCGUCAUCGAAUAAUUACUCUAAAAAAGCACUGCCUUUCACGGAUACUACUAUUCAUCCGAAUAAAUUCUCUGAAGAUGAAACCGGUUACGAUAGUCUACCGAAACAAGGGAGAAUCAGUAGCACUGCUGGUCUUUCGUCCUCAUCAUCAUCAUCCAACGAUCAAUACGAUCGAAUCAUGAAUUUGGUGAAGAGUAUGGCCUCACCGACAGAUAUCUCUACAGUACACGGUGGUAUCGAUACAGUUGUUAAUGUCGCACAACGUAUAGCACAGUACUCGAAACAAACUCAAUCAAGUAUAACAGCACCAAUACGAAAAAUGAACCGUACACGUGUUCAACCUAUACCUGAUUCGACAAGUGAUAGUGCGGAUUCUUUCGCUCUACUGAACCAUACUGUGCUUGUUUCAUCCUAUCGACAGAAGAUCCCAACGGUAUCAUCCAUUGAUAUACCGCCUUUCGGAGGUAAUCUUGAAUACAUUCACGAUAGCCGAUUUGAUUCGACCACGACCGUUGAUCAUGUCAAAAACGAUGUUGUUGCUAUUGAAUUGUUGGAAAAACAGCAGCAAACAAAUCCUAUAGUCGACUCGACGAACGAACACCCAUCCUCACGGAUGAAACGUUUAGGCGAAUCAAUACGUUCACUGCCAGCAAACAUCCUUGCUAUUGUUUUCAUCAGUUUAAUCGGUGGACUAUUCGUUUCAGUCAUAUUGAUAAUCAUUGUCAUUGCAUAA